AUGCCACCCCCUCCCCCACCACCACCUCCUGGUCCAGGGCCACCACCACCGCCACCAGCAUCAGGUGGAGGCUCCAAAGGGGGAGGAGCACCACCCCGAUCUGCUCUCUUAGAUCAGAUUCAUCAAGGGGCAAGAUUAAAGAAAGCUGUAACAAAUGAUCGGAGUGCACCUCAGAUAG